AUGGGAAAACUUGUUGGUGUGGAUAUUGGCGGCACUUUCACCGAUAUUGUCGUUUUAGAUGAAAACCAAAAACAUCUACAGAUUGGAAAGGCUUCAACUACGCCACGCGAGCCAUCUAUCGGCUUAAUUGCUGGCUUGGAUGCGCUUGAGGUUUCCUAUCCUGACAUCGAACUAGUCAUUCACGGCACCACUGUGGCGACCAACGCCAUCUUGGAGCGCAAAGGUGUACGCUGCGGUCUGAUUGCAACGCGCGGUUUUCGGGAUAUUUUGGAACUGAGACGUCGCGAUCGACCGCACCUUUACGGUCUCACCGGAUCUUAUGAACCUUUAAUCCCACGAGAUCGACGUAAAGAGGUCUCUGAGCGUGUCUCGGCAGAAGGCGAAAUUCUCGUCCCAUUAGCGGAGGAGGAGGUAAUCGCGGCUGCCGAAGAACUGGUUUCGGACGGUGUUGAAGCCAUCGUCAUCAGUUUCCUGAACGCUUACAUCAAUCCCACGAACGAGCGCAGCGCCAAAGCCCUCCUCGAAACACGCUUUCCCUAG